AUGGAGCUCGACAUGCCUAUUACGCGGGUGUUGCUCAAAGCCGGUUGUAGCAAUUUCUCGGGACAACAACAGAGUCUUACCGUGCAGCCGGCGCAAGUUCUCGGCAGUAAUUCCCAACUACCGACUCAAUUGAGCUCACCAACGAAAACGACCAAGGUUCAGGAGAACAACAAGUACAAGAUGUCUGUAGCACGUCGGAACGAACGAGAGCGCCGUCGCGUGCAGCACGUCAACCGCACGUUUGACACCCUCCGUCAACACGUUCAAGGCUACAAGAACGCCAACAAGAAGAUGUCGAAAGUGGAAACUCUACGCUGCGCCGUGGAAUAUAUCCGUGAGCUGCAAACGAUCCUCGGCCUGUCCGAGGAAAACGGCGUCCUCUCACCACUCGACACGAAAACGUCGCGGUUCGAAUAUCAGAUGCCGGCGACUCCGACCUCGCCUGAAAUGCAAACCAGCUUCGACUAUUCGCAAUCACCGCAAUCGGAAAUCUCCUCGCCGGCUCAUUCACCUCGGACGUCUAGCGAGAGCACAACGACGAUACUCGCCGAACGACUGCAGAUGCCUCCGAUCCAAAUCAAGCAGGAACCCACCGAGGAAUAUCCCACGCCCGAAGUCACUCCCGACAUCGUGUUCGACUUCAACGGAAACUCGGCAAUGGAAUCCGAGCACCUCCUGGACGAGCAGAGCUAUCGGAAGCUUGCGGCCGCCCUCCAGCAGCACGGGGACCAACUAAGUCUUCAAUUCAAUCCAUACGCUCUGCAUUGA